AUGACAACGUCAUCGUCGAUGAGCAAUUCGAACGUCUCUAACGCGCAGAGCAGACCGCCAACCGCGAACACUUCACACAUGCAGACACAGCACCAGACCACAUCCACACCCUUCACGAAUUCACUCCCAAUCGCACACACAAACAUGCAAUGCACCAACCACCCACCACAUAUUGCAAAGCGUACACCCGUAGAUUACAGCAAUGCUUUAUCCGUAAAUAUUUACACGCCAUCACGUCAAGUUUUGUUAUCAACCGCUGUAGUGCGUGUUUUAGAUUCUUAUGGCAAUGUUCAAUUUGCUCGAGCAUUUUUGGACUCUUGUUCGGAGUACUGUUUCAUAACCACGAGCCUAUACCAAAAACUUAAGCUGGCAGAGGCAGCCAGUUACUUAUCCGUAGCCGGAAUAGGAGGUUCAGUGGUCAAAUCGACGAAAGUAGUAGAAGCUGUAAUUGCGCCAAGAUCGGUGAGCAUUUCUACGUACAACGAAACUGUUCGCCUGCAUGUACUGUCGAAACUUACUUCUGUACUCCCGAUACAACCUGUCAACAUACAGCAGUUGGCCAUUCCAAAUGAUGUUACGCUCGCGGAUCCUUGCUUCAAUAAGCCUGGUCCAAUCGACAUGAUCAUCGGUGCAGAACUAUAUUACGAUUUGCUAGUCGACGGAAGGAUGAAGUUGUCGGAAGAUGGACCCACACUGCAGCAAACCGUGUUUGGCUGGGUAGUUUCUGGACGAGUUCCUGGUAGGCCAGUUAGCGGUGCUAAGACCCAUUCUCAUUCGUGCGCUACGGCCGACAUUCGCGACUUAUUAGCACGAUUCUGGGAACUUGAGUCCUGUCACAGCAAAAGCACGUACUCUCCGGAGGAAUCGGCGUGCGAAGAUUUAUUUGCCCGAGCAACAACACGGGAUGAAGAUGGGAAAUAUGUGGUGACCCUUCCAAAAAAGGACUAUCUCCUGAAGCAGCUUGGAGAAUCCAAAUCAAUAGCACUGAAGCGUUUCCUAGGGCUAGAGAAACGAUUCGAGUUAAAGCCAGAAUGGAAGGCUCAGUAUAAGGACUUCAUUGACGAAUAUUUGAAGCUGGGACACAUGAGACCUGCCUCAGAGGAAGCCGAACCCUCCCCAGCAUAUUAUCUGCCGCACCACGCGGUUAUCAAACCCGAUAGUUUCACAACCAAGUUGAGGGCCGUUUUUAAUGCCUCCUGCAAAACCUCUACUGGUAUUCCAUUGAAUGACGCACUGAUGGUUGGGCCAGUAGUGCAGGAGGAUUUGCUUUCAAUUUCCAUUCGUUUUCGCUUUCACCGAAUCGCUGUAGUAGCAGAUGUGGAAAAAAAGUACCGCAUGGUGAAGGUACACCCACACGAUCAACACUUGCAACGCAUUUUGUGGCGCAAUACCCCCGAUGAGCCGAUUGGGACGUACGAGCUAACUACGGUCACUUAUGGAACCGCUUCCGCACCGUACUUAGCAACUAGAUGUUUGGCGCAGUUGGGCAGUGAAGGAGCAGCUACGCAUCAGCGAGCGGCGAAGGCAUUAAAAGAGGACUUUUACGUCGACGACAUGUUGACCGGCGCAGACAGUAUUGAAGACGGCAAACUCUUGAUUCGCGAAAUGAGAGAAUUGACAGACUCAAGAGGAUUCAGCUUGCGGAAGUGGGCUUCUAAUGAACGUGGGUUGUUGGCCGAGCUUCCAAAUCAUUUGCUUGACGAACGAAUCAUGCUGGAGCUAGAUUUGUCCAGCUCUCACGUAAAAACCUUGGGAUUGCUCUGGGAACCGAGGUCUGAUAGUUUCCUGUUUCGUUCUCCCAACUGGAACAGCAACCCCUCAAUCACAAAACGAAUAGUUUUGGCUGACGCUGCCCGGCUGUUUGACCCUCUUGGUCUGAUUGGUCCAGUCGUCGCGCAGGCCAAAAUAUUCUUGCAGCAACUUUGGAAACAAAAAACUGAUUGGGACGACCCGUUGAGCGAAGACUUACAGAAUUACUGGCUAGAAUACCGCAGAAAUUUGAUGACGCUCGAUUCCUUCUCCAUACCUCGUUGGACCGGAAAUAGCCUUACGAAGACGGAGUUGGAAAUUCAUGGCUUUUGUGAUGCAUCGGAAGCCGCUUAUGGUGCAUGUAUCUAUCUCAGAAGCACAUCGGUUGACGGAACAAUAACGACUCGCCUCGUCACGUCAAAAUCAAAGGUUGCUCCGCUAGAAGACUUAAGCCGAAAAAAGAAGAAGCAAUCCAUUCCGAGACUGGAAUUGUCGUCAGCUCUAAUUUUGAGUCACCUAUACGAGAAGAUUUGUAACAGCAUUCAAUCACCGAUCACGUCAUAUUUUUGGACGGACUCCAUGAUAGUGAAAUGUUGGCUCGCCUCACUCCCGUCUCGAUGGCAAAUCUUCGUAGCAAAUCGAGUCUCGGAGAUUCAGCACAUAACUAAAAACGGUAUUUGGAAUCACGUCUCUGGGGCAGAAAACCCAGCAGACAUCAUUUCACGGGGAAUGACACCCGCUCAGCUUCUGUAUCUACCGCUAUGGUUUGAAGGUCCGAAAUGGCUUUCUUACGAUCGGUCUGCUUGGCCAAAAGGGUCAGAUAUGUUACCAGAUGUAGAUGCUACGAUCCUUGAAGUAAAAUCGGUGAUAUCGUUAACAGCGUGCAUGAGACCCACAAAUGAAUUGUUCUCUCUACGAUCGUCUUUUCACAAUCUGGUUCAUCUAACUGCGUGGAGUAGUCGGUUCGCGUAUAACGCUAAGCGCUGCAAUCGGGCAAGCAGACGGAGCGGACCAUUAUCGAUUGCAGAAUGUAACGACGCAAUAACGAUUUUAGUUCGAUUGGCACAGCAGGAAAGCUUUCCGGAAGAAAUUUCAGAUCUCUCCAAAGGUCGACAAGUUCGAUCAUCAUCCGUUCUUCUCGCACAUGAUCCACAAUUGAUAGAAGUGAUAGCAGCAGCAAAAGAUGAUGAUAUCGAAUUCAAGUUUAUACCGGCUCGCUCCCCCAACUUUGGUGGGUUGUGGGAGGCGGCGGCAAAAUCUUUCAAAGGUCAUUUUCGACGAACGAUCGGCAUCAAUCCGCUAACGUACGACGAGCUUAACACCACUAUUCACCAAGUAGCAGCUAUUUUAAAAUCGCGACCAUUAACUCCACUUAGUAACGACCCACACGACUACACCGCACUUACACCAGGGCAUUUUUUGGUCGGUAGACCACUAACAGCUAUACCGGAACCUAAUCUAAUAGACAUUCCGGAAAAUCGGCUGUCAAGUUGGCAACGAAGUCAGGUAUACGUGCAGCGACUUUGGAAAAGGUCGAAAACGGAGUAUCUGUCUAAUCUGCAAGGUAGAACUAAAUGGACCAAGAAGCGAGACAACAUACAAAUUGGUACGAUGGUGAUUGUCAAAGAGGACAAUCUUCCUCCUCAGAAAUGGCGAUUAGGUCGCGUAGCGAAGGUUUUCUACGGCACCGAUGGCAAUGUCCGUGUCGUGACAGUCCGAACCAAGGACGGGCUGUUCACUAGGGGCAUAGCAAAAAUCUGCGUGAUGCCUAUUCUAGACAACAGUCAAUAUUCUCAAGGAGAGAAUUUAUUCACUUCCAACGAGGUGCUUCGGCGCCGCGGGGGCCUCUAA